CGCUGGCGUCUGUAAUAGUGUGUACUGUGCCUUUAAGAGAUUCUGGUCAGGGAACUCGAUGCGUCUGAGCGUGUGGACUCUGGACCACAACAUAGUUAGAUCUGAGCACGAACAGCGAUUAAAACCUGUCGAUACAAGCGGACUCCUGAAACACUGCCACUGCAAGCACUGUGGCAUGGGAAACGGAAUAAAUAAGGUUCUGCCAGACCUGUACUUGGGUAAUUUCAAAGAUGCCAGAGACAGGGAGCAAUUAGCCAGAAACAACAUCACACACAUCCUCUCCAUCCACGACACCGCUGCGCCCAUUUUACAGGAGAUGACUUAUCUUUGUAUCCCAGCAGCAGAUUCUCCCACGCAAAACCUCAUUCAGCAUUUUGAGAAGAGCAUUAGGUUCAUGCACGAGUCGCGGCUGAAAGGCGAGGGCUGUCUGGUGCACUGUCUGGCCGGCGUGUCGCGCAGCGUGACUCUGGUGGUGGCGUACCUCAUGACCGUCACCUCUCUGGGAUGGGAGGAGGCUCUGAAUGCGGUGAAGGUGGCCAGACCUUGUGCUUCACCCAACUCGGGCUUCCAGAACCAGCUGCAGGAGUUUGAGACCAGCCAGCUACAGCAGUUCAGAAAGUGGCUGAAGGAGGAGUAUAAGGAAAACCCCUUCAGUGAUGAGGAGGAGGUUCGUAACCUGCUGGCGCAGAUGUCCAGCUCCUCUCCGCCGGAGGACCACGACUUUCAACACAACUGAGCAUUCCUGUCGUGUCGUUAUGACUGAUAUCUGGGAUUAGAAACGUCAUCAUGCGACACUGCGAUUGUGUUUGCUAUGGCACAGCACUGUUUAUUAACUUAUGGACACUUUUUGUAAAUAAGACAUAUUCAAGGUUUUAAUGUUUACUACUGAUGUGACGUUUAAAGCAAAUUUGCAUUUUUGUUGUUCAGUGUUCACAGUUAUAUUAUAAAAAACGAUUUGUACUAUAAUCUC